AUGUAUCAAUACAUUAUUGAAGCACCAAGUGAUGUGAAAUCGGUGCAAAUCACCGGAACGUUUGAUAAUUGGUCUAAAAGUCUUCCGGAGAUCACAUCACCUCCAUUUGAGCAAACAAUUACACUCCCUGAGAAACAAGAUAUCAUUUUCAAGUUUAUCAUUGAUGGUAACUGGACUACUCUUGAUUCGUAUCCAGUUGUGGCGGAUGAAAAUGGAAAUACCAACAAUAUCGUCCAUGCUGAGCACUUGAUUUUGGUUGAAGAAGAGGAAGAAGAAGAACCGGAAAGGGAUGAUAGUUUCAAACUUGAUGACGAGGGAAGUGCGGUUGUUCAAAUCGAUAAUCCGGUAGCUUUAGCUGUUACUGAUUGUGAUGAAACAGAAACGAAUGUUCAUGCAAACGAGGCAGGAGACAAGCAAGGGAACGAAAGUGAACAAAUUCCUACCCAAUCUCAGCAAGUUCCUGCUGAAUCAUUCCAAGUAGAGGAAGACAUCAGUGAAUACGCUGUUCCAGAGAAGCUUAAGCAAGGGCCAACUGUGACUAAUAACAAUACAGGUAUUGAUCCCACCUCGUCAUCAUCUUCAUUUGCUGCAGUAUCAAGUCCCCCCACUUCAUCCGAUUUUGAGCAUAUCGGGACGUCACCUUCCCCGGAAGAGUCGACACCACAUGAAGUUGGAGACAAAAAUGGAGAACAUCACACGAGCUCAAAAUCUGCUGACUCAACUCAAAAAUUACCCACGGUUGCAUCAACUGUCAGUUCCAAAGCAAAUGCUGUUCCGGAAGAGAAACCGGAAAAGCCUACAUUAUUAGCUCACCCCUCGGAAUCUACACUUAGAGCACCUACCUCGUCUGGUACUCAAACACCCGUUAUUGCUUCCAGUUCAUCAUCCACCACAUCACCAAAUGAACACGAAGAUUCGCCUAAACACACACCAAGAAUUCCAGGAUCGUAUGACACCAGGCCAUCGGUGGAAAGGCAUGGAAGUGGAAGCAAGCGCGAAGGUUUGAUCUCCAAAUUCAAAAACUUGUUCAAGUAA